AGCAAAAUUACACCUCAUGAAUAAUAAAGUUUCCGUACCUUUGGCUUGCACUGCUCAAUCUUGUUCAAAUACAUAAAAAGACAUGUCAUGGAUUUUGGGCCGCCAGUCUAUGACUUUCCACUCAGCUAAGGUCCCCGUCCGUCUGCCUCUUAAACGUGGGGGCGACGAUUCUCCCGAGGUCGAUUCCAAAUCACUUUCUGACUUGUGCAAAGACGCAACGCCAGCUUGCUGGCUGAAUCCACUUCUCUUUAAUGGACAUCUGCAAACCUUAUGGACCGCGAUAAAUUCAAGUGAUGUUCCGAUUACCUAUCAACGUAAAGUGUUUUCUUCGGAUUCAACACGCUACCCUGGAACUUUCGCAGUCGACUUCGUUGUGCCGACCCUGAUUCCCGCACGAAAGGCAGACGCUUCCCUUCCUCCGAGGACAACGUAUUUUGAAGACACUGCUUUUGACAGCCUAGCUUCCGAUGACGAUAAACCUAUGCUGAUUGUAUUACAUGGCCUAGCUGGUGGCAGUAAUGAGAUUUAUCUACGCUCAGUUCUAAAGCUUCUUUGCCUUGAUCCACCAGUUGACGAGCGGUGGGAAGCAUGUGUAGUCAAUGCACGUGGUUGUGCCAUGAGCAAGAUCACCUCUGGCUUGCUUUACAAUGCUCGUGCUACUUGGGACAUUCGGCAGUUUGUCCAGUGGGCGAGACAGAUGUGGCCUCGCAGAAGAAUCUUCGCAUGUGGCUUCAGCCUGGGAGCCAAUAUUCUUGUCAAUUACUUGGGGGAAGAAGAGGCAGGUUGUCCUCUUGAUGCUGCUAUCGUCAUCUCCAAUCCUUGGAAUCUUGAAGUGUCAAGCUUUUUCUUACAAUCUACUUGGCUGGGAAUGAAUGUGUAUAUGCGCGCCAUGGGUACGAGCAUGCGUCAGCUCUGGGCAAGGCAUAAGGAAGACAUCUUAAGAGAAAUCAAGGGUAUUGAUGUAGAAAAGGUAGAUAAUAUGCAGUAUCUAUUCGAAUUCGAUAGAUACGUUCAAUGUCCCACUUGGGGUUGGCCAACAGUGCGAAUUGCUUCUUUGACCUGACUGAAUAAACAACUGCUGACUAGACUCUAUAGGAAGGUGCAUAUUACCGUGAUGCUUCCAGCGUAGAAGCUCUUAUAGAUGUACGCAUCCCACUAUUUGCCAUUCACGCACGGGACGACCCCAUAGUCAAUGAUUUUGCGGCGCCAUAUGAAGAAAUCAAGCACAACCCGUAUGCAGUGAUGGUAGCAACAUCUGGAGGUGGUCACCUCAGUUGGUUCCAGUUUGGUGGCGAGAGAUGGUUCGCACAAGCUGCAGCAGCUUGGUUGAACAAGAUGGCGAAUGAGGUUGACUUUGACGCUCUUAGAGAGAGCAGAAUUUCGUCAAUUUCGAAAAAGGCUAAAUAGCAACGCCCAGGUAGCAGAUGCAAUGUAAAAUAUGGAGCGUCCGCUGAACUAAUAUCAUACAUGUAGCAAACCGGAUGCCAUACGGUUGAAUACGUUCAGCUCUGCUUUUGUUGAAAUUUGCUCAUGAUACGAUCCUUAACCAAAUGAAAC